UUCGCUAUGGCCAUUCAAUCCCUCGUAUUCGAAUUGGUAGAGCUUAAGGCUUCGUCCCUCGCUAUAGGCCCUGCCCGUCCCAAGCCAUCGCUUCUCCAUUUCAACAAAUACUCUGGGGAGCUUGCAGAACUCGACGCUUGGCUAUAUACCGCUAAAGCUAAGUUCUACGUCGACGGUUACGCCAUUAGUGAUCUAGAGGUUCAAUUUUAUUACUUCUACUCCAGCCUUUUACCCCCUAUCUAG